GCGCCUCGGAACCGGUUCGGCCCGGCCCGGCCCGGCCCGGCCCAGCCGUGUUGAUGUUGUGAAGCAGGCUCAGGGGGAAGGGAUUUGUCUCGGCCGCUCACCCCCCGGCUCUACAUGUUCGCUGCACUGAGGAGGAGACGGAAGAGGAGCCAGCCCCCCUCCCGGCCCGGAUUAUUGUUGUUAUAUUAUCUCCCCUCCUCCUCCUGCUCCGCGGCGGCGGCGGCCCAGCAGCGGCGGCGUCUCCUCUGAGGAGGGAGGGGGGCGGAUUUCUCUCCCCCUCUCUCGGAUUCUUGUUGGAUUCAGACGCCGAUUUGCUCAGUGCUUGGGAGAUGGAAAGUAAUGAUAGCUGGCACCUGAACUAAGUAUCUGCGUAGGCACUACCAUCCCAGAGCUUCAGGAUGAAUGGGGAUAUGCCUCAUGUUCCCAUCACUACUCUUGCAGGGAUUGCUAGUCUCACAGACCUUUUGAACCAGCUGCCUCUUCCAUCGCCUUUACCUGCUACAACAACAAAAAGUCUGCUUUUUAAUGGACGAAUAGCAGAAGAGGUGAACUGCCUUUUGGCCUGUAGGGAUGAAAAUCUGGUUUCACAACUCGUACACAGCCUCAACCAGGUGUCAACAGACCAUAUAGAACUGAAAGAUAACCUUGGCAGCGAUGAUCCAGAGGGAGAUAUACCAGUCUUGCUGCAGGCUGUCCUGGCAAGGAAUCCUAAUGUUUUCAGGGAGAAAAGCAUGCAAAACAGAUACGGGGUACAAAGUGGAAUGAUGAUGCCGCAGUAUAAACUCUCUCAGAAUUCCAUGCAUGGUAGUCCUGCAUCUUCCAAUUAUCAACAAACCACUAUCUCACAUAGCCCUUCCAGCCGGUUUGUGCCACCACAGACAAGCUCUGGUAACAGAUUUAUGGCACAACAGAAUAGCCCAGUGCCUAGUCCAUAUGCUCCUCAAAGCCCUGCGGGAUACAUGCCAUAUUCACAUCCUCCAAGUUACACACCACAUCCCCAGAUGCAACAAGCUUCAGUAUCGAGUCCCAUUGUCUCAGGUGGGAUGAGGAACAUACAUGAAAAUAAAGUUUCAAGUCAGUUGUCUGGCAAUUCAGCUAAUCACCAUGCUGAUAAUACUAGACAUGGCUCAAAUGAAGACUACCUACAGAUGGUGCACAGACUAAGUAGUGAUGAUGGUGAUCCUUCCAUAAGAAAUGCUGCAUCGUUUUCUUUAAGAUCACCACAGUCGGUAUGCUCUCCAGCUGGAAGUGAUGGAACCCCUAAAGGAUCAAGACCACCUUUAAUCCUACAGUCUCAGCCUCCACCUUAUUCAUCACCUAGAGAUGUACCCCCAGACAUAUUGUUAGAUUCUCCAGAAAGAAAGCAAAAGAAACAAAAGAAAAUGAAGUUAGGCAAGGAUGAAAAAGACCAGACUGAAAAAGCUGCAAUGUAUGAUAUCAUUAGUUCUCCUUCCAAGGACUCCACUAAACUUACGUUAAGACUCUCUCGUGUAAGAUCUUCGGAUAUGGACCAGCAGGAUGAUAUGCUUUCUGGUUUGGAAAACAGCAAUGUGUCAGAGGGUGAUAUUCCUUUUAAUGUGCAGUACCCAGGACAGACUUCUAAAACACCCAUUACUCCACAGGAUGUUAACCGCCCGCUAAAUGCUGCUCAGUGUUUGCCACAGCAUGAACAGACAGCAUUUCUUCAGGCACAACAAGUGCCUGUUUUACAACAGAACACUUCAGUUGCUGCAAAACAACCUCAAACUCCUGUGGUACAGACACAGCAACCGGUUUCACAGCAAGGAACUAUUACGCCAUAUGAUGAAGUAGAAUUGGAUGCAUUGGCUGAAAUUGAACGGAUAGAACGUGAAUCAGCCAUUGAAAGGGAGCGAUUUUCAAAAGAAGUGCAAGAUAAAGAUAAACCUUUGAAGAAGCGAAAACAAGAUUCUUAUCCACAGGAGGCUGGGGGUGCUACUGGAGGAAAUAGACCAGCUUCUCAGGAGACAGGUUCAGCAGGAAAUGGGUCAAAGCCAGCACUGCUGGUUAGUAUUAAUCUUCAACAAGCAGGACGAGUGGAUUCUCAGGCAACUGUAACUCAGGAUUCAGAUACCAUCAAAAAACCUGAAGAAAUAAAACAGUGUAAUGAUGGAUCUAUUUUUGUUCCUCAAGAAGACACUGUUGGAGUUCUUAAACUCAAACCUGAAAACCAUCCUGAGACCCUUAGAAAAAAGUUGGAUUCUGAGGGUCAAAAGACAGAUAUUAAACAAAAUGAAAACAGACAGACAGAAGUACAACAAAAUGAGAGCAAGCGGAUGGAAAGUAAACACAAUGAAAGCAAACAGAUAGAAGCUAAACAUGAAAGCAAGCAUGAGAGCAAGCAGACAGAGGUGAAACAAAAUGAAAGCAGACAGAUAGAAGCAAAGCAAAAUGAGGGAAAGCAAAACAACGGCAAACAGGAAAUACGGCAGCGGCCUGAGACGCCAAAGCAGAAGAAUGAAGGCAGGCCGGAAACGCCAAAGCAGAAGAAUGAAGGCAGGCCAGAAACACCAAAGCAGAAGAAUGAAGGCAGGCCGGAAACGCCAAAGCAGAAGAAUGAAGGCAGGCCAGAAACACCAAAGCAGAAGAAUGAAGGCAGGCCGGAAACGCCAAAGCAGAAGAAUGAAGGCAGGCCAGAAACACCAAAGCAGAAGAAUGAAGGCAGGCCGGAAACGCCAAAGCAGAAAAAUGAAGGUAGGCCGGAAACGCCAAAACACAGACAUGACAAUAGGAGGGACUCUGGUAAACCAUCUUCGGAAAAGAAAUCUGAAAUAUCCAGACAUAAACAGGAUGUUAAAUGUGAUCCCUCUAGGGUAAAAUCUGAAAGUAGAUCAGAUCCAACAAAACAAAGACCUGAUGGACGUUCAGUUCCUGAGACACCAAGGCGUGACCACGAUAGCCUUAAACAAAAGCCUGAAGACAGAAGUGAAUCAGAAAGAUACAGGGGAGAUCCAUCUAAGAUUAGAAGACCUGAAUAUUUAAGAUCCUCAAACAAAAGCGAACAUGAUUCUAAGCAUGGCAUUAAACCUGAUAGUUCAAAAGCUGAGAAACUGGAAAGAAAACAUAGACAUGAGUCCGGCGAGCCAAGAGAGAGGCUUUCUUCUGGGGAACAGAAAUCACGACCUGACAGUCCUCGUAUUAAACAGGAAAGUAAAGGAGAUUCCAGUAAAUCAAGACCUGAUAAACCUGGUUUUAAAUCACCAAACAGCAAGGAUGAGCGAAGGACAGAGGGUAAUAAGAGUAAAGUAGAUAGUAAUAAAGCACAUACUGACAAUAAAGCAGAGUUUCCCAGUUAUUUGUUGGGGGGAAGAUCUGGUGCAUUGAAACAUUUUGUCAUUCCCAAAAUCAAGCGUGAUAAGGAUGGGAAUGUCACUCAGGAGUCGAGGAAAACUGAAAUUAAGAGUGAACAUAAGGACAAAGUAGAGAAGAUUGGGCUAGUCGAAGAUCUGAAUAAGGGAGCUAAGCCAGUAGUUGUCCUUCAGAAACUUUCUUUGGAUGAUGUACAAAAAUUUAUUAAGGAUAGAGAAGAAAAAUCAAGGAGCUCUUGUUUUAAACCUAAUAAGAACAAGUCAUCCAAAUCGAAUAAAGGUAGCAUAGAUCAGUCAGUGUUAAAGGAGUUGCCUCCUGAGCUCCUGGCAGAAAUUGAAUCCACCAUGCCACUUUGUGAACGUGUGAAAAUGAACAAACGCAAGCGUAGCACAGUUAAUGAAAAACCAAAAUAUGCUGAAAUCAGUUCUGAUGAAGACAAUGACAGUGAAGAAGCUUUUGAAUCUUCUCGGAAAAGACAUAAAAAGGACAGAGAUGAUGAUAAAGCCUGGGAGUACGAAGAGCGUGAUAGAAGAAGUUCGGGUGAUCAUAGGAGGAGUGGUCAUUAUCACGAAGGACGAAGGACUUCUGGUGGUAGUCGCUAUCGCAAUCGCAGUCCAGAAGACUCGGACAUGGAUGAUUAUUCUCCUCCUCCUAGCCUCAGUGAAGUGGCUAGAAAAAUGAAGAAAAAAGAAAAGCAAAAGAAAAGGAAAGCUUAUGAACCUAAAUUAACCCCUGAAGAAAUGAUGGAUUCUUCAACUUUUAAACGGUUUACUGCUUCAAUUGAAAAUAUUUUGGAAAACUUGGAAGACAUGGAUUUUACUGCCUUUGGUGAUGAUGAUGAGAUUCCACAGGAGUUGCUACUGGGAAAACAUCAGCUUAACGAACUGGGUAGUGAAUCUGCGAAAAUUAAGGCAAUGGGCAUUAUGGACAAGCUGUCAACAGAUAAAACAGUGAAAGUCCUGAACAUCUUGGAAAAGAAUAUUCAAGAUGGCUCGAAGCUUUCAACAUUACUAAAUCAUAACAAUGACACUGAAGAUGAGGAAAGAUUGUGGAGAGAUCUUAUUAUGGAGAGAGUCACAAAAUCCGCUGAUGCUUGCCUUACAGCUAUCAACAUUAUGACAUCACCCAAUAUGCCUAAAGCUGUAUAUAUUGAGGAUGUAAUAGAAAGAGUUAUUCAGUACACUAAAUUUCAUCUGCAGAACACACUUUAUCCUCAGUAUGAUCCUGUUUACAGGGUGGAUCCCCAUGGUGGAGGCGUGUUAAGUUCAAAAGCAAAGCGUGCCAAGUGUUCCACCCACAAACAGAGGGUUAUUGUGAUGCUUUAUAACAAAGUUUGUGACAUUGUUAGCAGUUUGUCAGAGUUGCUAGAGAUACAACUCCUCACUGAUACAACUAUACUUCAGGUAUCAUCAAUGGGGAUAACACCUUUUUUUGUAGAAAAUGUCAGUGAACUCCAGUUAUGCGCCAUCAAACUAGUGACUGCAGUUUUCUCAAGGUAUGAAAAACAUAGACAAUUGAUACUGGAAGAAAUUUUCACUUCACUUGCAAGACUACCAACCAGCAAGAGAAGUUUGAGAAAUUUCAGAUUAAACAGUAGUGAUGUUGAUGGGGAGCCUAUGUAUAUUCAAAUGGUGACUGCACUUGUUCUGCAACUUAUUCAAUGCGUUGUGCACCUACCAUCAGCAGAAAAAGAUUCAAAUUCAGAAGAGGAGUCAAACAAAAAAGUGGAUCAAGAUGUCCUUAUAACUAACUCCUACGAAACAGCUAUGAGAACUGCCCAGAACUUCCUUUCCAUUUUUCUUAAGAAGUGUGGUAGUAAGCAAGGGGAGGAGGAUUACAGGCCACUGUUUGAGAACUUUAUUCAAGAUCUUCUUUCUACAGUCAACAAACCAGAAUGGCCAGCAGCUGAAUUGCUCCUCAGCUUAUUAGGAAGACUGUUGGUUCAUCAAUUCAGUAACAAGUCUACAGAAAUGGCUUUGCGGGUGGCAUCACUCGAUUAUCUUGGGACUGUAGCUGCAAGAUUAAGGAAGGAUGCAGUCUCUAGCAAAAUGGAUCAAGGAUCCAUUGCCCGAAUCUUGAAACAGGUUUCAGGAGGAGAGGAUGAGAUCCAACAACUGCAAAAGGCAUUGCUGGAUUAUUUGGAUGAAAACACAGAGACAGAUGCAUCAUUAGUGUUUUCCAGGAAGUUUUAUAUAGCACAGUGGUUCCGUGACACAACAAUGGAGACAGAGAAAGCAAUGAAAUCUCAGAAGGAUGAUGAAGCAUCUGAAGGAACUCACCAUGCCAAGGAUGUUGAGGCAACAGGACAAAUAAUGCACAGAGCAGAAAGUCGUAAAAAAUUUCUUCGUACCAUCAUUAAAACUGCACCAUCUCAAUUCAGUACAUUAAAGAUGAAUUCUGAUACUGUGGACUAUGAAGAUGCUUGCUUGAUUGUUCGCUACUUGGCCUCUAUGAGGCCGUUUGCCCAGAGCUUCGAUAUUUAUUUGACACAGAUUCUACGUGUACUUGGUGAAAAUGCAAUUGCUGUUCGAACAAAAGCCAUGAAGUGUUUGUCUGAGGUUGUUGCUGUAGACCCCAGCAUUCUAGCCAGGCUGGAUAUGCAGCGAGGUGUUCAUGGACGGUUAAUGGAUAAUUCCACUAGUGUACGAGAAGCAGCUGUGGAGUUGCUUGGCCGGUUUGUGCUCUGUCGCCCUCAGCUUGCUGAACAGUAUUAUGACAUGCUGAUUGAGCGAAUACUGGAUACCGGUAUCAGUGUCAGAAAGAGAGUCAUAAAGAUUUUAAGGGACAUCUGCAUUGAACAACCAACAUUUCCCAAGAUUACAGAGAUGUGUGUGAAAAUGAUUCGAAGAGUCAAUGAUGAAGAGGGCAUUAAGAAACUGGUGAAUGAGACAUUCCAGAAGCUCUGGUUUACUCCAACUCCACACAAUGACAAAGAAGCCAUGACCAGGAAAAUAUUAAACAUCACUGAUGUGGUUGCAGCUUGUAGAGAUACAGGGUAUGACUGGUUUGAACAACUUCUUCAAAAUCUGCUGAAGUCAGAAGAGGAUGCUUCAUAUAAACCUGUCAAGAAAGCCUGUACUCAGCUUGUUGAUAAUCUGGUUGAACACAUUCUUAAAUAUGAGGAAUCUCUAGCAGACUCGGACAACAAAGGUGUGAAUUCCGGUCGCUUGGUAGCUUGCAUAACCACUUUGUUCUUAUUCAGCAAAAUCAGGCCCCAGCUAAUGGUCAAACAUGCCAUGACAAUGCAGCCAUACCUUACCACUAAAUGUAGUACACAGAAUGAUUUCAUGGUGAUCUGUAAUGUUGCAAAAAUCUUGGAGCUGGUAGUGCCACUAAUGGAACAUCCCAGUGAGACCUUCCUUGCCACUAUUGAGGAAGAUCUCAUGAAACUCAUCAUCAAAUAUGGCAUGACAGUUGUGCAGCACUGUGUGAGCUGUCUUGGGGCUGUUGUAAACAAGGUUACUCAAAAUUAUAAAUUUGUGUGGGCUUGUUUUAAUAGAUACUAUGGUGCACUUUCAAAAUUAAAAAGUCAACACCAAGAAGACCCAAACAGUACAAUACUUACAGCCAAUAAACCAGCACUCCUUAGAUCCCUUUUUACUGUUGGAGCACUAUGUCGGCAUUUUGAUUUUGAUCAGGAAGAUUUUAAGGGUAACAGUAAGGUUAACAUUAAGGAUAAAGUACUUGAACUGCUGAUGUAUUUUACAAAACAUUCAGAUGAAGAGGUACAAACAAAAGCCAUUAUUGGUCUAGGAUUUGCAUUUAUACAACAUCCAAGUCUAAUGUUUGAGCAGGAAGUGAAGACUCUGUACAAUAGUAUUCUUUCUGAUAAGAACUGCUCAGUCAACUUAAAAAUCCAGGUGUUAAAAAACCUCCAAACCUACUUGCAGGAAGAGGAUACACGUAUGCAGCAGGCAGAUAGAGACUGGAAGAAAGUAGCCAAACAGGAGGAUCUGAAAGAAAUGGGUGAUAUUUCCUCAGGGAUGAGCAGUUCCAUCAUGCAGCUAUAUCUUAAACAGGUCCUUGAGGCUUUCUUUCAUACCCAGUCCAGUGUACGUCACUUUGCUCUAAAUGUCAUUGCACUGACUCUGAACCAGGGUCUUAUCCAUCCUGUUCAGUGUGUUCCAUAUUUAAUUGCAAUGGGCACAGAUCCAGAGCCCGCUAUGCGGAACA